CUUCUACCUGAGCAGGUAUCACUUAUGUGAAGAACUCUAAAUCUUCUGUGUGUUAGCAGGCAGUCUCUCGGACCCAUCUCACCUGAAAGACCCACUUAAUAGAGAAAAUAAGGACAAAACACAUCGAUUAUGGAGACUAGAGGAGUGAUAGCGCUCUGUUUCACCUUUCUUAGCUUGUUUAGCGGAGCGCAUGGCGAUAAACGGGACAUAUUUGCGAAAGUUGUGGAUUUGGUGUCUCCAGGACAGGAGUUCCUCACAGAAGAUGCGGUUCGCUCGGUUUUUGAACGGCUGGAGGAACGUGUGCAGUGCUCCGGUGUGUCGUGUGGAAAGUGCCUCUCUUCGGAGAAUCUGCACCAGCUGUUGAGUAACACCACCAACUCACAGGGGCUACAGAUGGAGGACUUCUUCACGAUGGCCCCUGGGUGCUGCUUGUUCCUGAGUGGGCCCCUGCACACCUGUGGGGUCAUACAUGAGGGCCAGUGGGGCGUAGAGACCGAGCAUUUCAUUGAAACAAUUUUAGGCCACCAUGAUGAUCAUGACAACAACACGCCCACCAGCCAUCCUCCCCAUGGUGAUAUCAGUGGCAGAGAGUAUGAGGGUUUGGAGAAACUGUUCCAUAACAUGGAAAAAUAUUAUCAGCCCGACACACAUGAGCCGUGUCUCUCUCUGAAUGACAUCCUUGAAGAGAGCAGCGAUGAUCACGGAGACCACACGCAUGUCGAGCUGGGUGCUGUGUUUGGAAACAUCGUGUAUCACGCAUUGCGUGGAGACUGUAUGAGGGCGAACGUCCUGCCUGAGCAAGAGUUCUUCCUGGAUUACAUCUUCAACCUGUUUGGCUCUGAUAAUCUCACCCUUCAUGAUUUUGAAGAGCUACUGAAGACCUUAAACCUGGGCGGAGAGGAACACAAUCACGACGAAGACCAUCUUGAUGCUCAAUCCCACCGGAGAAUGACCCGUAAACAAAGUCAUCCAGAGGGUCACCGUAGCAAUAGCAGCUGGGAUGUGACCUGUUUCAGUGCUGAAGAUCUUCUAAGGAUCUACCACAUGAACUCCACAGCACUGACCCGAGAUCAGUUCACACAGCUCAGUCCUGCCCUGAUUCAACAGAUUCUCAGUGGAGGCUGUUAUCAGAUCAGUCCCAGUCCAGUGAUACCUGACUCACUCAGUGCUGCAGAGAGAUAUGGAUAUGCCACCCUCGCCAACCUUAUCAUCUGUCUAAUGGCCAUGUUUGGGAUUGUGGUGCUGUUGUUUUCCGCCUGUACUCAAGUGUUUGAGCUCUGCAUUCAGUUCUGCAUCAGUCUCGCUGUGGGGUCGCUGACCGGUGACGCGCUGUUGCAUCUCCUGCCUGCGGUCUUGGGUCUUCACAUUCAUGAUGAUGGAAACAAUAACAAUCACUCUGAAGACAACUUAGACUUUGUGUACAAACUCCUGGUACUCAUUGGAGGCAUCUAUUUCUUCUACGUGAUGGAAACCAUCUUCUCCAUCGUUACACGUGGAGAACAUCACCACCAUCACGAUGGAGAGGAGUCGGAUCUUCAUCACUGUGACCACGGCAAAGUUUUGCAGAUGUUCCAGAGAGACAAACAGAACAAACACUCGAACUCACAAGCUGAUUUGGUGGACACAGAAAAAAACGAGAAGUCCUUUUUGAAACCUGCUCUCCACAAAAGAGAACAGCGUUUGCUUCCCUAUAUGAUCACCAUUGGCGACAGCAUCCAUAACUUUGCGGACGGUUUGGCAGUCGGCGCUGCUUUCUCCGUGUCGUGGCGAUCAGGGCUGGCCACAUCACUGGCGGUACUCUGUCAUGAACUGCCACAUGAGUUGGGUGAUUUUGCGAUCCUCUUACACUGCGGUGUGUCAGUGAAAAAUGCCCUGUUGUUGAAUGUGGGCAGCGCUCUCACCUCCUUCAUUGGAUUGUACAUCGCAUUGUCUGUCUCAACGGAAACCGUCGCCACAGAGUGGAUUUCGGCUGUGACUGCUGGUCUCUUCCUGUAUGUUGGUCUGGCAGACAUGCUUCCGUCCAUGGUUCACGUAGACAGUAAAAGACCUUGGAUGAUGUUUCUUCUGCAGAAUCUGGGACUUUUGUGCGGCUGGGGCAUUUUGUUGUUGCUGUCCUUUUAUGAAGACCAGAUAGGGGUCUAAAAAUACAAUAACAUUAGUUUGUAUUUGUGCCUUAUUCUUAUACUUCUCUUCUUAGAUUAUGUUUUGUAUGGUUGUUAUUGGAACAUGAAAUAUGUGCAAUUUAGUUCUGCCCUUUCUUAUGUGUUUUCAUAAGGAAUAUUUUUAGAUUUUUUAAAUUACAUUUACACAGCCUGCUGUGUAAAAAUCAACUGUGUGAAGAAAACAGCUAAAUCUCAUCAAAAACUCUCUAUAACAACACAAACAAGCCGCUUUUGCACAUUUUCUGGAUUCGUUAUUUUUAGUCAUUAAUAAUGAUUCAUUAUUCAUUCAUGUCAAUCACAUUUACUGUAAUGUUCGUGGCCUUAAGCGCUCUGAAUAAGAUAAAUGGCUCCUGUGUUUGACUUUAAAUGUUAGGUUUUUUUUACUAGUAAAUGUGUAUAGGACAUUUCUGUAUAGUAUUUUUAAAUUCGCAAUCUGCCCAGAACAGAGUAUUGAAAGCAUACAAGUAAACAGUUGUAUGUUACACAAACAUAUGGGUGAAAAUUCUGUCAAAAAAUACUCACCCUCAUGUCGUUCCAAACCAACAUGUCUUUCUUCAGCCGCUGUGAACAAGCUUCUAGAUUUUCACUGGAAAAUUACUUUAAAGAGUUUUUUUCUCAACAAAACCUAUUGUUUGCCUUCAGAAGACUUGGAAUAUGACGGCAGAGUAGCGUGGACUACUUUCAUGAUACUUUUGGCUUUAAAAAAUGCUUUAACCCUUGAAUGAUCUCAUGGGUCAAUUUGACCCGUUUGAACAUUAAACACUGAUAUACAUCAACUUUAACUUUUCGUCCUGAAACUUCAUGACAUCCUCCAGAUAGGUGAUCUGAAGUUGGCAAUGUAAAUUAUUUUAAUUUUAUGUAUUUAUAAACAUUGCUAUAAAAAAAUAACCUAAGAAGGUCCUCCAAGUCAAUUUGACUUACGAGCUUUAAAAUGGAUGAGCAGUUCCAAAUGUUAGUUAUAAGUAAUAUACAUACUUUUAAGUUAGUACACAUCACACACACACACACACACACACACACACACACACACACAUACAUACCCAGAAAGAUGCACACACACACACACACACACACACACACACAUAUACACACACAUACUAUGUUUUUAUAUCAUUGUGGGGACUCUCCAUAGACUUCCAUGCAUUUUUUGGAUUUUAUACAGAUCUAACGAUAAUUUCUAUCCCCUAACCCUAACCCUACCCCUAAACCUAACCCUCACAGAAACCUUUUUGCACUUUUACAUUUUCAAAAAAACAUCGUUUAGUAUGUUUAACAAGCCAUUUCCCUCAUGGGGACUGCUGGCUGAUCCCCACAAUGUAGGUGAUCUCAGGUUUUACUAUCCUUGUGGGGACAUUUGGUCCCCACAAUGUAGUAUAAACAUGUACACACACACACACACACACACACACAUAUGCAUACAUACGCGCGCGCACACACACACACACACACACACACACACACACACACACACACAUAUACCCAGAAAGACACACACACACACACACACACACACACACACACACACACACACAUACCCAGAAAGACACACAGGUAUUUGUUCUCAUUUGUAUCUGUUGACUUCUAUUGUAUUUAUAUUGAGUUAAUAAUAUUUGUGUCUGUGUUUAAAUAUAUACUGUACACGCAUAUAUUCUAAUGUAAAUUUGGAGCAUUUACAGUACGUGCAUUUUUACAUUUUACAUUUGUAAAUCAGUAAAAGGUUAGUCAUUGAUGAUUAAACUAUUGUUGGGGAGAAAGCGUUCAAAUUGUGACUGCUGAACUGUGAUUUAACGAGCCAGGUCAGUUUGACCCAAUGAGAUUAACAGUGGGACUUGAUCGUUAAGACCAUGGAAGCGUUAAAGACAUAAAACAAUAUACUCUGCCACUGUAUCGAAAAUACAAUUCUGCACAAGGAAGAAAUCAUACUGGUUUGGAACGACAUAAAGGUGAGUAAAUGAUGACAGAAUUUUCAUUUUUGGGUGAACUAUCCCUUUAAUAUUUUUGUUCUAUUUUAUAAAAAU